CCAGCCCUGAAGAUUAAAGGAGAUCCAGCUGAAGCUCGUCUGUCUCUGUCGGGGAAACAUGAAGACUCUGGUGACUCUGCUGCUGCUGACUCUGAUCUGCUGCCUUUACCACAUCUCUGCCGCUCCAGUUGCGCCGCACCUUUUGGCUCAACAAUGCUGUCCAGUCUGUGUUAGGAAACCUGUCCCUAAGGGAAAGGUGAAAAACGUGACGAUGACCGACAGUGGCUGCAAACUCAAAGCCAUUGUAGUUACAACAGUCUGUGAUAAGAAGAUCUGUAUGACUGGAAACUGGGCCUGGGCAAAGAAGCUGCUGACAGAGUUUGAGCAGUCAGCGGCUAAAAAUGCGUCUGAGUCCGCCUUCAAUCAGGCCCCGUGUUCAAAAGACCUGAACAAAGUGUGACAGCGCUGCUCCUGCGGGUCAUGAUUGCAUGUAUGUUCUUUAUCUACAUGUCUGUCACUGGAUGAUUAAUGAUGCUUAUACAGAAAGGCAACUUUGAGGCUAAAACUGCUGCCUGAAACUGACAUUGUGACCCCGAAAAGUUUCAUGUUGAUGACUUCAGUUAAAAAUCUGAGAUAUCAAACAGCAGCCAGUCUACGAUCAGAAAACAACACGCGGUCCUACUGUGAUGUUUUAUACUCAAAUGUGUCCUAAUUUAAUAUCUUUAUGAAUUAUGGGAAGAUGUGUAGGGUUGUCAUUGCUCCACAUGGUCC